AAUUCAAAUUAACAAAAUUGAAAGAGUUUGUGGGAUUCUUGAUUAUUCAGAACCUAAAGCAUUGAAUUUUGAGAUUUUGUGAAUCAUGGAGUUUGGAAAUUUGUUCAGAAAGAAGAGAGAAGGGAAUUAAUUUGAUGUUUUGUUGGAUUAUUGAUUGAUCAUUGAGUUGUAACACAAACUUAUAUUACCAAAGUUGAGAAUUUUACUAUUAAGAAGAAGAAAAGUGAGAAAAAAGGUGUGUUUGGUUUGAUGUUUUGUUGGAUUAUUGGUUGAUCAUUGAGGCCCAUAUUUUGCAAAGUUGAGAAUUUUACUAUUAAGAAGAAGAAAGUGAGAAAAAUGGUGUGUUUGGUUUGAUGUUUUGUUGGAUUAUUGGUUGAUCAUUGAGACUCAUAUUUUGCGAAGUUGAGAAUUUUACUAUUAAGAAGAAGAAAGUGAGAAAAAGGGUGUGUUUGGUUUGAUGUUUUGUUGGAUUAUUGGUUGAUCAUUGAGACCCAUAUUUUGCAAAGUUGAGAAUUUUACUAUUAAGAAGAAAAAAGUGAGAAAAAUGGUGUGUUUUGUUUUAUGUUUUGUUGGAUUCUUGGUUGAUCAUUGAGACCCAUAUUUUGCAAAGUUGAGAAUUUUACUAUUAAGAAGAAGAAAGUGAGAAAAAGGGUGUGUUUGGUUUGAUGUUUUGUUGAAUUAUUGGUUGAUUAGAGAAUCCACAGAGACCCAAAUCACUAUUUCAAUUUAGGGACUCUGUGAAUUUUGCAAAGUUGCGUAAAAGAGAGAAGAAAGUGAGAGAAGGAGUAGGGAUUUGUUGAAGAUUUUGGGGAUUGUUAGUUGAUUAGAGAAUACCCUUUUGAUCAAAAUGGAAUUUUGAUCCAUUUUGAUUUUUGCAAAUAAAAAAUAUGGGAAGUGCUCAUCACUGUUUCCAUUAUUCUUCAAAUAGUGAAAACAUCGUGAGGGAGUUGGUACAAUAUGGAGAAUGAUAAUUGGGCCAACAAGCCGGGGAAGGCUCAGAAAAGUUUGAAGUUGAGGAAGAUGAUGAAGUGCUUCUGCUCGGGCGAACAAUUACAGAUAGGUGACAUGGUUCCAUUGCCUGAUUCCCCUGCGACUAAGGAUUACAGAGUAAGUGUCCGUUCAUCAAGAGCCGGAGACACUGGCAAUAUUGAAGAAGCUGAAUCAUCUUUGCGCGAGAGUGGUGCUUUGAAUUAUGAGGAAGCAAGGGCAUUGCUUGGAAGAUAUGAGUACCAAAAGGGCAACAUAGAGGCUGCUCUGCAUGUGUUUGAAGGGAUAGAUAUUGCCUCAGUGACUACUAAAAUGAAAGUCACCCUUGCUAAAAGAGCUCAAAUUCAAAAGAGACGUUCGCAGAAGUAUGAUACACCACCAAUGUCCAUACAUGCUGUGAGUUUGCUCCUGGAAGCAGUCUUUCUUAAAGCAAAAUCAUUGCAGGCUCUUGGGAGGUUUAAAGAAGCUGCUCAAUCAUGCACUGUUAUUCUGGACAUUGUUGAAUCUUCAUUACCAGAAGGCUUGCCUGAAAACUUUGGUGCUGAUUGUAAAUUGCAGGAGACUCUCAGCAAUGCUGUCGAGCUGCUUCCACAAUUAUGGAUACUUGCAGAUGCUCCGAAGGAAGCAAUUAUGUCAUACCGCCGAGCUCUUCUUCGUCAGUGGAAUCUUGAUGUUCAAACUAAUGCAAAGAUUAAAAAAGAGUUCGCAAUUUUUCUUCUAUACAGCGGAAAUGAAUACAAUCCCCCUAGUCUCAGAUUCCAAAUGGACAGUUCAUUUGUUCCCCGAACCAAUAUUGAAGAGGCCAUUCUUCUCUUAAUGAUUUUACUGAGAAAGGUUACUCUACAAAUUAUAGAGUGGGAUCCUUCAAUUUUUGACCAUCUCUCUUACGCAUUAUCUAUCUCAGGUGGCCUAUGGGCUCUGGCUAACCAAGUAGAAGAGUUGCUUCCUAGGAAUAUAGAUCUGUGUGAAAGGCAUCAUAUCUUAGCUCUCUGUUAUUACGGAGAAGGAGAUAAUUUCACCGCCUUGAACUUGUUGCGGAAACUAUUGAGUAGUGCCGAGGAUCCCACUUGUGUUCCAGGUUUGUUACUGGCUUCAAGAAUCUGUGCUGAAAGCUUAGAAUGUGCAGAAGAUGGCAUAAAUUUUGCUCGUAGAGCCAUUGAAAGUUUGCAAGGUAGAUGCAAUCACCUGAUGGGUAUUGCAAACUAUGUCUUAGGUCUUUCACUUUCAGCACAGUCUAGAGCAGCGAUGACAGAUUCUGAGAGGGUUAGGAUGCAAUCAGAGGCACUUCAAUCCUUGGAAUCUGCUGGGAGACUGACAAAGAUGAAUGACUCCAAUGUCAUUUACCAUCUUUGUGUAGAAAAUGCGGAGCAAAGGAACUUGGAUACUGCACUCCAUUAUGCAAGGUGCUUUGUUGAAUUGGAAGGUGAGUCUACUCUGAAGGGGUGGAUGCUGUGGGCUCGGGUGUUAUCAGCUCAAAAAAAGUUUCCAGAAGCUGAAACUGUCAUUGAUGAAGCUGUAGAUCAGAGCGGAAAGUGGGAUCAGGGAACUUUGUUGAGUACCAAAGCUAAGCUCCAAAUUGCACAAGGCCAAGUGAAAAAUGCUAUAGGAACAUAUGUUCAGCUUCUUGCUGAUCUUCAGAUCCAGAGAAAGAGCUUUGGAUUGGAGGAAAAUCUCAAGAAGGAGAAAGACUUCAAUAGAACUAUGGAGCUGGAAACCUGGCAUGAUCUUGCUUCCAUCUACAUUAAAUCAUCCCGGUGGCAAGAUGCAGAGUUCUGUCUUUCCAAAUCUGAGGCCAUUAGUUGUUAUUCCGCUUCUAGAUUGUAUAUUGCUGGCUUGCUUCAUCAGUCAAAGGGCCUUCACAAAGCUGCAUUAACAGAUUACACAAACGCUCUUGCUGUUGAUCCGUCUCACGUGCCAAGUCUAAUAUCAACUGCAGUGGUACUUAGGCAGCUUGGUAACCAUUCUCCUGCAACUCUUAUAAGUUAUCUGAGAGGAGCACUGCAGCUUGAUCGGAUGAAUGUUGCUGCUUGGCAUAAUCUUGGCCUGAUUUACAAAGAGGAAGGUUCAGCAAUGGAAGCAGCUGAGUGCUUUGAAACAGCUUGGUUUCUGGAAGAAAGUGAGCCUAUUGAACCCUUCAGAUGACUACCUCUUUGUACAUACAUUUGAACAGAUUGCUCAAAUCCGGGUGCUUCCAAAUGAUUCAGAAUAGAGAGAUUUUUGUCAAAAGAGCAAGUAUUCUCUUUCGUGGGAAGAAUUUUAGGCAAAAGUUAAAUUACGGUAUUUACCCCUACAUCAAAUAUAAAUGUUAUAAAUUAUUUAAUAAAUUGAAUAUUAAAUAGUAAAUCAUCAUAUUUGUACAU